AGACUAUUGAUUAUUGCGAGUAUGUUUUUAUUGUAUUUUAUAUGCCUUUGAUUUUAUAUGUUUGUAUGUUUUAAAUGUAUCUUGUUGUUGUAUUUUGUGGUGUAUUUUGGGCUUGGUCCCCAUGGGAGCUGCCCCGAGUUCCUUCGGGGAGAUGGGGCUUUAUAUAAUAAUAAAGUUAUUACAGUAGAGUCUCGCUUAUCCAAGCUUCUGGAUUAUCCAAGCCAUUUUUGUAGUCAAUGUUUUCAAUAUAUCGUGAUAUUUUGGUGCUAAAUUCAUAAAUACAGUAAUUACAACAUAACAUUACUGCGUACUGAACUACUUUUUCUGUCAAAUUUGUUGUAUAAAAGGAUGUUUUGGUGCUUAAUUUGUAAAAUCAUAACCUAAUUUGAUGUUUAAUAGGCUUUUCCUUAAUCCCCCCGUAUUAUCCAAGAAGCUUAACCAACCUUCUGCCGGCCCGUUAGCUUGGAUAAGUGAGACUCUACUGUAUUAUUAGUAGUAUUAUUAUUGUUAUUAUUAUUUAUACACAAAGUGUUAGAAGAUGAACUUCGGAGGGUCAAAUUCUUCAUGCUGGUAAAUGUUUUACUUGAAGUGGAGGCUAAGUGUUGCUCUUGUCUUAAGCUGGAAAUGGAAAAUUGGGAGAACUAUGGAAAGUGGAAAGAGUAUAAACAUGUUUUUCCAUGUUGCAUCCCCAAAGUAAAGCUCACUCUCCACCCCCAGAAAUCCCAUUUUGGUGUGAAUUGGAGCUCCCCUUCUAAGUCAAAUAUAAACAGAAGAGAUUUUAACAGGGACUGUCAAGUAAGGAGGAAAAGACAUACCAACCUCUUCCCUUGUGCCAUGUCUUCCAUCCUAAACAGGGAUUUCCACAAAUUCUGUUUUGACCGUAGAACGUAAUUUUAAGGUAACACAUAUGGCAGUGAGUGGUUUUUAUCUGUUGCAGCAAAAAUAGCCAAAAGACUAGAAUAGAUUGGAUGGUAAGAAUGUGAGUGGCCUCUGUGUGCUUAUCUUCUGUUUAUUGAGUAGCAGUAAAGGGAAGAUAAAAUCUAGACAAUGAUAUGAGGUCGAAAAGUAUUACGUGUUGUAACCAAACAAUUAAGAAACAAAUAUAAAUAACAUAGCAAAUGAGAGGCCCUUGACCCCAAAUAAUCAGCUAUCAAAGGAUGUUAAAGGAAAAGGGUUUUCACCAUCUUAGAAUUGUGCUUGGAAACAGAAUGACAGGCAGCAGAGUUGUUGCAACCAGAGAAUUGUGGGUUCAAAAAAAGUGCGAAGUCAGGGACAGGCUGAAAACAUUUUUGCAAAGGAUGAGAUGGCCUCUUUCCAUCUCAUUAUGAAAUGAUGGCUGAAUCGUUCUUCCAUACUGAUUUAUUUAUUUAUUGUGUCAGAAGUGAAUUGAUAUAAAUACAGUUAUAGUGUAUUUUAAAAAAAACACACAAAGUUUAAAAUUUGGCAUUAUACUCAAAUGUCUUUUGACCAGAAGCUGGCCGCUUGGAGUGCCUCUGGUGUCACUGUGAGAAGCUCCUCCAUUGUGCACGUGGCAGGGCUCAGAUUGCAUUGUAAUAAGUGGUCUGAGGUUUGCUUUUCUCCCCACUUGCAUGUCGUGGACGCCACUUUGUAGCCCCAUUUCUUAUGGUUGAUUCUGCAUCUUGUGGUGCCAGAGCGCAGUCUAUUCAUCUCCUUCCAAGUUGCCCAGUCUUCUGUGUGCUCGGGAGGGAAUUUCUCAUCCGGUAUCAGCCAUGGAUUGAGGUUCUGGAUUCUAGCCUGCUGCUUUUGGACUCUCGCUUGCUGAGAUAUUCCUGUGGGUGUCUGUGUCGAUCUUAGGAAGCUAUUUCUUGAUUUAAGGCAUUGACUUGCUGGCUGAUAUUCGAAUAGAAGAUGGGCUGGAGAUGUCAAUACCUUGGUCCUUUUGUUAUUGGCUGCUACUUCCUGAUAGAUGUAAGGUGGUUCAAUACCGGCUAAGCAGUAUAAUUUCGGAAGUGGUGUGGGGCGUAGCCAUCCUGUGAUGAUGCAGCGUUUCUCAUUAAGAGCCACAUCCACUGUUUUAAACUGGUGAGAUGUAUUCCACACUGGGCAACGUCUUUGUAGAUGACUGAUUCUCUCACACCAGAAGCUACUUGCAGUAUGCAACCAAACAAACAAACAGACAAACUGACCUUCCAUACUGAUAACAAGUCAUCUGCCAUGUCCGAUGGAUACAGAUUACUAUAAAGGGUGCAAGUACAGCUGUGACUUCCAAAAUAAUGGAAGGGCACAAGAGGGCACGCCAAGUGUUUAGCUUUUGGUCAAAGGAAAUCUAGUAUAAUGCCAAGUUUUUAACUUUGUGUGUGUGUUUUUUUGAAAUACAUUAUAACUGUAUUCAUAUCAAUUCACUUCUGACAUGAUAAAUAAAUACUGCAACAGUAUGGAAAUAGUGUAACGAGGAACAAUUAUAGUAAGCACUGUUCUGAGGUAUAUGUGUUUUAUGUGUCCAUUUUGGAAGGAGGGAGGGAGGGGAAGCAAUCAUAGCAAUGAUUUGUAUUUGAUCUUGAUUAAAAAUGUAAUUUCUGCAAUAUGAUUGUUAAAAAAAGUUUUAAAUUUAAAGGUACAGUGUCCACUCCUUUUGAGCCUGCACCAUUACCAAAAACAUUGUAAAUGCAUUUUUGAAAUGCUCCUAGCUGUAUUAUCUCUUUUCAUCUUUCAGACCUGAUUGAUAAGGCAUUCAGCAGGUUCAAACACAAGGAAGUUGUUCAUCUGUCAAGAUUAAAGAAUGGCUUGAAUGUUUUGGAGCUUUGGCAUGGGCCAACAUAUGCUUUUAAGGACCUGUCCUUGUCCUGCACUGGGCAGUUCCUGCAGUACUUUCUGAAGAAAAGGAAGAAGCACGUCUCAGUCUUAGUGGUGCUUUUUAAACAGGAACUUCAGGAGAUACCGGAAGCUCAGCAAUAGAAAGUAUCCGUGGUGACAAAAAUAUGGAUAUAUUUGUUCUGUUGCCUCAAGGUCUCUGCAGCCAAGUUCAAGAACUACAGAUGACAACUGUGAUUGAAGAGAAUGUCCACGUUUUUCUCACGGAAGGAAAUAGUGAUGAAAUUGAUGAGCCAAUCAAAGAAUUGUUUGCCGAUGUGGAUUUCUCGAGCAAACACAAACUAAUGAGCCUGAAUUCCAUCAACUGGUCCAGGAUUCUGGUGCAGAUGGCUCAUUACUUCUAUGCUUACUUCCAGUGUACUCCAUCCAUGGAUAACCUCCCAUUGCCAGUUGUGGAAAUCGUUGUUCCAACUGGGGGAGGAGGAAACCUUACAGCUGGAUUCAUUGCACAGAAGAUGGGUCUCCCCAUUGAGCUUGUGGCUGUGGUCAAUGACAAUGACAUUAUACACAGAGCAAUUCAGCAAGGAGAUUUCUCAUUGUCCAAGAGUGUGAAGUCAACACUAGCUUCAGCUAUGGAUAUUCAGGAGCCUUACAAUAUGGAGAGAAUCUUUUGGCUCUUCUCUGGCUCAGACAGCAAUUUGGUCAAGAAUUUGAUGGAAGAAUUUUAUGUCACCAAAAGCGUCAAACUCCCUCCAGGACUGCACAAACAGCUCUAUGAACAUCUGCAAACUUCCACAAUAUCAGAUGAAGAAAUUCUCCGUACCAUGAGACACUGUUGGGAGGAUAAUGACUACCUUUUGUGUCCUCACACUGCUACUGCUGUUUGCUAUUAUUACAAGAACUCAGACUGCCAUCCAAGAAGUUCCAGGUGCUGCUUGGCUCCUGCCUCCCCAGUCAAGUUUGAAGAUGCUGUUUGUAAAGCCGGGAUCUCCCUGGAGGUCUCCUCUGAGAUCCGUGAGCUGAAAGAAAUGGAGACCAGAUCCUCCACCCUGAAGAGGGGCGAAGACUGGGCAAGAAUACUGCGGCAACAAAUAGAAGCAGUUACAAAGCAACGAAAUUCUGUCUGGAGCUGAAUGUUUGCAAUGUAGAAUCAGCACUUAAUCAAAGUCUCUUCCUGCUCACAGCAGCGGUCUUUUUGCCACUUUUGCUAAAGCUUUACAAUGUGAACAAUAAUUGUGUCACAUAAAAUUAAGUGUGGGCAUUCUGUGGAGCACUUCAGUCCCUUUGGAGGGCUGGUGUGUAGACUCAUAUAAUCCAGUUCAAAGAUGAUAACCUGGAUUAUCUGAUUUGAUAAUCUGAAUUAUAUGACAGUGUAGAAGGCACCUCUGUUGUGUCUUACACAACUUCAGAUUAUAUUUUCAGAACUCUGUAAAUUAAAUUAAAAUAUGUGUUGGUGAUUGAUUUUAUUCAGCUUCCAUAUAGCUGAAUAAAAUCCCAUAUUUUCUGCUUUGAACUUGAAUAUAUGGCAAUGUGGACUCAGAUAACCCAGUUCAAAGCAGACAUUGUGGGAUUUUCUGCCUUGAUAUUCUGGGUUAUAUGGCUGUGUAGGAGGGCCCGAGUCGCAAUUGCCUAGUAAGCUUCAUGCUAGCUGCUGAGCUAAGUUGUGAUGCUAACAUCCA